UCUCAGCGAGUCACAAGAAAAACAUUUGUGCAACGGACCCAAUAGAGAGAAUCUACAGCAUCUCUGAAUCUAUCUACUCAUACCGCAGACGCUGACAUGGUCGGUGCGGCUGACGCCCCCCGGCAGUGAGAGGGGAGACGUAGACAGAACACCUGGGCGGAUUGGGCGUGGCCGGUCAUGGACAGUCAGUACAGCAGUAGUGUGGACUCCAGAGCCACGUUACGCGGGAUGGGCUCCAUAAACUCUACCCCUGUGUUUGCCCGCAUUGAAUCCUACGAAUCGGGAGGGAAGAAGUGCAUCUCUGACGUCAGGAGGACUUUCUGCCUUUUUGUGACCUUUGACCUCCUGUUCAUCACUCUGCUCUGGAUCAUUGAACUCAACGUGAGUGGAGGCAUAGAAGAAAGACUGAAAGAAGAAGUUUUAAAAUAUGACUACCACAAGUCAUUUUUUGACAUAUUUGUACUGGCUGUGUUCCGCUUUGCAGCCCUUAUACUUGCAUAUGCUGUGUGUAAACUGCGUCACUGGUGGGCAAUCGCUAUAACUACAGCCAUCACCAGCGGUUUCUUGAUUGUGAAAGUAGUAAUAUCUAAGCUUCUCUCCCAGGGAGCCUUUGGGUACUUGUUACCCAUCAUCUCCUUCGUCCUGGCAUGGAUAGAGACAUGGCUCCUCGACUUUAAGGUUCUGCCUCAGGAGGCAGACGAUGAGAACAGGUUUCUCACAGUAAGGGAUGUAGCAGAGCGAGCCCCACUGAUGAACCCUGGGCCUUUGUCAGACGGCCAGUUCUACUCCCCACCUGAGUCCGUGGCAGAUUCUGAUGAGGAUCUAGAAGAUAAACACGAUCCUGAGAAACCCGUUAUUUAGCUGGGCGUCUUCAGGGUCACCGAGCGUAAGCUCUGAUGUAUACGUGACGCAGCCCGGGGCGGCUCCGGCUCUUAGCUUCUCGGGUAACGACCACGCCCUCUGACCUCUGACCUCUGGGGUCAGUCUGCCUUAGCGCCAUCAGCAUCGCGUUCCGCAACCCUCCAUCUUCCUCCACUCGUCUGCAUAGCUCAAGUUCUUUGUGCAAUUGUUUUAUACUGGAGUAAGAUCACAGUGCACUGUUUGUAAUGUCAAACUUUGUUGUUGUUUUUGUUUUUUUCCUUUUGUUACUGAAAAGAGGGUUAAAGAGAAGGGGGUACUCAAUACCGUGCCACAAGUAAAAGCAUGACUGCCGUGUUUACGCCCUUUUUUUGUUAUUGUGUGCAAUGAUUCAAAGAGCUCAUUACUCAGUCAGAGCUGGGGCUGUAUCCCUAAUAUAAUCAGAAUUGCAUUGCUACCGGUCUCAGUGUAUGCUGCACGCUUCAUUUCUCUUAAAAAAAAAAAAGAAAUUGCUUAUCGACACUCGUUGAUGUCGUUCUGCCGUCGACAUGCGUGUGUGUUGCGAGGAGUCCCGAAUAUGUGAAGACGUUCCGAGAGAGGUUUCGUUUCCUUUUGUUCAGCCGCAGUUUG